UCGUGGCCUUGGCCCAUGAUAAUCGAGGGACCCGCAGCGGAUGAGGAGAAAACACACAAGUCAAUCCCCCGAUUCCACCUCCGUAAUCCCCGUUACCGCCGUGGUCGGAGCCGCCGAGCGCCGCCGUCGCGCCUCCCUCCACCGUCUUCCCACGCCGCCGCGCGACGGCUGCGGCGGUCGUCUUCCCCAUUCGUCCCAUCGAUCCUCCUCCGGCUCAGUUCCACAGAAGCGCCACCUCAUCACGAAGGCAAUUUUACAGUUCGAACAUUAGGAAGCAUGAGCUAUUUCCAGGCUACAACAUACAAGCCUCAUAAUGGGAUCAUUGUGGACAAGGUAGCAAUAGGUCUUGGGAGUACUUGCAAAUUGCUUCAUGAAAGGGCCAAAUGUUCGUAUUCCAAUAGAUUCAUCAAGCUUCAAGAGCAAGUAUACCCAAGGCUUCUUCUUGUUGCUGCUUGCCAUAACAGGAUUGGUCCUGUGUAUGCCUCAAGUGGGAAAGGAAACUCUGAGCGUGUCAAUGAUCCCUUCUCCAUGGAAUCUUUGAACAAAGCUAUAGCUGGAACUAAAAAGCAAUGGCCCAUACAAGAUAUGCUGAUAGAUCAAAUUUCUAAGAUUAGAGGGUCUGGCUCUGGUGGAAAUGGUGGUGGUAAUAAAAACAGUCAUGAAGGCAGUGGUGGUGGCUCAGAGGACGAAUCUUUGACGGAGUCAUUAUAUGAAAUGGUCCAAGUUUUGUUGGCAACUAUUGCCUUUAUACUCAUGUACAUCCAUAUAAUAAGAGGAGAGGAGUUAUACCGCCUUGCGAGGGACUACACUAGAUACCUGGUUACUGGUAAGAGAACUUCCAGACUGAAACGCGCCAUGUUAAACUGGCACAAUUUCUGUGAGGGCAUCACCAACAAGGAUAGCGUGCAAGAGUCAACAUUUGAAAGAUCAACUUCUGAACCAAUGUGGUGGCAGCAGCCCCUAAAGUUUGUCCAUCGCAUUGAGGAACUUUACAGAGGCUAUUUUCGCCCACAUGCCCAGGAAUCAUAGUUCUGAUGAUUGAGGAUCCCUUUGGACUCUUCUCAAGAUUUCAGUGUAUGUUGUAACCGUGCAUAGGUAGGCACUAGUUGCAUGGACGGUGCAGUGAAGCGCAUGGAGGAAACUAGACGGUCUGUUCUUUACUGCAUUCAGUUUUUCUUGCGUAGUGCAGCUGAAUACUACGUUAUAUAUUGUCUGUAUUGUUCAUUACAGAACAUAAAGGAAGGUGAUAGUUCGUCUGGACAAUUUUGCCGUUUUUGAAACCUCGCUGCUAUGAUGUGAUCGUCUGCCGGUCAGUUAGGUGCAGGUGACAACUUGAAUGCUGCAUCUGAUUCAUCAUAACUACAAAGAGUACCAGCUAUACCCAAUGAAUGCAGCAAAAAAUGUACCUGUAAGCUGUGGUCACUGUAAGCUUUGUAAAUUUUGUGUUCUAUGUUUUGUCCAACUCCCCAUGUUGGUUCUUUGUUGGCCUAUCUGAGCUAUCUAGAGUGAUUUAUGGGAGCAACUAUUUCUUCCAACCUGGAACAUGAAACAUCCAUCUUUGUCAUU